UGGCCACGAAUGGCUUCGUUAAUUUUUGCAGUGUAAGUCUAGAGAUUGAUUCACUGAUUCAUCAUCGGGUAGCAACUAGAAAAAUGGAAAAAAUUCUACCCACACAAAAUCAUUUUUUGCUUUCUUUUCGGUUAGAACUUUUGGAUUAGUAUUCGACUCCUAUUGAUCUCAAGAGAGAAUAAUGGCGUCUAUACAGAUUGUCAAAUCUAGUUUAUUUCCUUUGCUUGGUUUCCGAGCAGAUUCUGGCAAGAAAAUCGGUUCGUUUUGCUCGGAUUCUGAACUUUCUUUUACACAGAGGAAGAUUUUGAAACUACAUAAUCGUCGGAUUGCUUAUAGGGUAUGUUGCCGACGCCAGGAGGGCGAGAACGAUAGCAGUAGUGAUGAACCUCCAGAAACAUUGUUCAUGAAAGAACUGAGGAGAAGGGGAAUGACCCCUACUUCACUGCUUGAAGACAGUAAGAGAAGCACGUAUGGACUAGAUGAGGAGAUAAAAUUGAAGGAAGAUGGCAGAAGUUUCUCAAAGAGAAAUGCGGUCUUACCAGAUAUCGAGAAAAGCCUAUCCAACCAGAGAGAGCGUUCAAUGGCAUUAAACAGUGAAGGUCUUGAGGGUUUGAUUCCACGAGCUAAACUCCUCCUAACAAUCGGAGGGACAUUUUUCUUGGGAUUUUGGCCUCUGAUACUUGUGACAGUCGCAUUCUUUUCUGCUCUGUACUUAUAUUUUGGUCCAAGUUUUGUACAUGAUGCAAGCAAAACACUCAUAUCACCGCCAUCAUACAUUGAUCCAUAUGCACUUCUUGAAGAUGAAAGGGCAUCAAACGCAGCUCCGCAUGUAAAUUGAAGAUGAUUCCUCAGUACUUUGAAUUCUCACGCUAUUGGUGAGUUCUGAGUACAGGUUUCCAUGGCCUUCUCAAACCUGUCUUGGGGACUAUGGCAAAUUGAUGGAUAUCGAACUCAGUUCGACAUGGAACUCGUCUUAUGUAGCUGGGGUUCUGAUUGCAGCUUCCUUGUCUGUCAAAUUGGCAGGGAGUUUGCAUCCAUCUUUAAUAUGAUGAUUGUUUUAUUACUCUCCCAAAGAAUUCUAAUUUGAAUUAUAAUUCUUCUGGACUUGUGUAUAGCCAUACUGCUCACAUGUUUAUAUAUCCAUACUGUUCAAGUGCUCUUACAUGUA